AUGGGAUUGCCGGAUCAUUGUAUCGAAAUAAUUAAUGGUAUGGAAGAUAUAGAGAAUUUUAAGGAUAUUUGCUUGGAUAUCACAGGAGCUAAGGAAUAUUUAGAAUUAAGCCUUAAAGAUAACGUAGAUAACAAAAAUUGUAUCCAAUUUAUGUUGUGGAUGUAUGAUUAUGUUAUAAAAAAUCUUAACGAUAAUAGUAAUUACACAAAAUCAAAACGAGUUAUUAAACAAAUUAAAAGCAUUUGGUCUAAAUAUUCAAAAUGGAGUAGUUGUGAUAUUCUAAAAUUUAUUGAUAGCGACAAUAAUUUUGAAAAACUUAAAUAUGCAUAUGAUUAUUAUUUAGAUUAUGAUACCAUUAAAAAUCAGCUAAGUAUUAAUAAUUUUAAAUGUACUGAAAAUGUUACUCAUUACAUUAAUAAAAUUGUUUUGUUUUAUAAACAAGCAAAAGAAGAAUGCAAUGAUAGUUCAAAAAAAUAUUGUAAUGAAUUACAAGAUAUAUUCAAUGAGUCUUUUAGUAAAAACUUAUCAGGAUUAAAAUGCAAUGAAGGAAAUGCUAAGGAAAUGCAUGCAAUCAGAGCAGAAAGCUACAAUAUUCAACAGGAAUCACAUGAACAGAAUCAUCAUGGUCCAUAUCCAAAUAAUAUAUAUAAAGCAAUCAUAGGACCUAUAUUUCCAAUAUUAGUGAGUGCACUAGUAUUCCCAAUUUUGUAUAAGGUAAUUAUAAACAUGUUGUAG